AUGGCAUUUCCACAGCACAGGGAGGGCCGAGUUGAAAGAGUUGAAAGAGUUGAGUCGAGAGAGUCCAGUAUUGCUCCCACCAGCACUCAGCAGCGGAUCGACUCGACCAGGCCGACACACCCUUACCCUGCCCGUCACUGCGCACGAACACCCCAGCACCAGCACCAGCACCACCCGACGACUCACCAAGUCGCUACUCUUCUCGAAUCGCUACUCUUCCCGUUGCUUACUCGAACUGCUGCUCACCCAGUCGCUGCUUACCAAACCCCCCACAUUCCGCCCCCACGCGGUGCACGACAACCACAACACAAUACAAUAAUACAAUAUGCAAUAUGCAAUAAACUGAACAGAGCGAGGGCAAGCAGAGCGGUGGGAGCUCGACAGGCAAAUAGGGGGGGGAUAGAUGGAACUGGAAGGGAAGAACAAGAACAAGAACAAGAACAACUAGUAUAUAGAUAUAUAUAUAGUGGUGGUAGUGCUGUUCACAGGGUGCUUCAUUAUAGGUAA